GGCCAAUUCAAAAAGCCCAAUAGAAAAGGCUUUUUUAAAGUCUUUCUGUUCUGUCUUCUCUUUGCCAUUAGCACCUCAUUUUAAGAAGAAAGUCAGGUGAAUUUGUAGAAUCAAAGUGUUUGUCUACAAUAUAUCUUUACGAUGUCGGACGAGGAAGUUGUUGACCCAAAGGCUACAAUGGAAGUAACUUGCAAGCCUAAGUGUGUCAGACAACUAAAGGAGUAUCAGGCAUGUAGUAGAAGGAUAGAAGGCGAUGAAUCAGGUAGCAAGCAUUGCACUGGACAGUAUUUUGAUUAUUGGCAAUGCAUUGACAAAUGUGUUGCCCCGAAGCUGUUUGAGAAACUCAAGUAACAAGGAUAUAAUUUGAUCCAUUGCGAUUUUAUCUUGUUUUUUCGUUGUUGGAGCAAUUCUUGUUGGAGCAAUUCUUAAAUCAACUUGGUUGCCGCAUGGAAAAUUUUGUACUAUGCACAUCUUAAAAAGUGAUUAAUAAAGGAUACUUGUGGGUUAAA